AAAAACAACGAGCUUGUGACCAAAAAUUGACUUAUGUAUGUAUUUUUCCUGAUAAAUUUAACGUGUUGUAUUUACGUGAAAUCAAUAAUAUAUUUUAAUGGUAAAGAAACAAUACCAAAACAGAAUUAAUAAAUUAGAAUGAUGGUACUACUACGAUACAAACGGGAAAUAUUUAUCAACGAAACGAGAAUCGACGUCAGUACCUUUACCAGAGUAUGUUUUGUAUAUAUAUUAUUAUCAAUGGUUUUUAUUGCCAAUGCUCUACCACCAGUUAUUCGAGUAGGUGCAAUAUUUACGGAAGAUGAGCGCGAGAGUAGUAUCGAAUCUGCAUUUAAAUACGCAAUAUACCGCAUCAAUAGAGAAAAGUCUCUAUUACCCAAUACGCAACUUAUAUACGAUAUUGAAUAUGUUCCGCGUGACGAUUCUUUUCGGACAACAAAAAAGGUUUGCCGACAGUUGGAGGCUGGAGUUCAAGCGAUUUUUGGUCCAACAGACCCAUUGCUUGCUGGUCAUGUACAAUCUAUAUGCGAGGCGUAUGACAUACCCCACAUAGAAGUUCGCAUUGACCUUGAAAUGAAUUCCAAAGAGUUUUCCGUCAAUUUAUAUCCAUCCCACAAUGUUUUAACAUUAGCAUAUAGGGACUUAAUGGUGUACCUAAAUUGGACAAAAGUGGCCAUUAUUUACGAAGAAGAUUACGGUCUUUUUAAUUUGAUGCACUCCUCGAAUGAGAUGAAAACCGAAAUGUAUAUAAGGCAAGCUAGUCCGGAGUCCUACCGAGGAGUAUUACGCGCGAUUCGCCAAAAGGAAAUCUACAAAAUAAUAGUUGACACUAGUCCAUCGAACAUAAAAAAAUUUUUCAGAUGCAUACUACAGUUGCAAAUGAAUGACCACCGAUAUCACUAUAUGUUUACAACGUUUGAUUUGGAAACGUAUGAUUUAGAAGACUUUAGAUACAACAGCGUAAAUAUUACGUCGUUUCGUUUAGUUGAUGUCGGUAGCAAACGAUAUUUGGAAGUUAUUGAUCAAAUGCAAAAACUAAAACACAAUGGAUUGGACAUAAUCAAUGGAGUCCCAUAUAUACAGACUGAGUCUGCGCUGAUGUUCGAUUCGGUGUAUGCAUUUGCAACUGGAUUACACUUUCUUUAUUUGGAUGAUGGUAGCCCAAAAAUAUCAGUUAAAAACUUGUCUUGCACCUCUGACGAAACCUGGGAUGAUGGUCUUUCAUUGUAUAACUAUAUAAAUUCAGCUGCAAUAGAUGGGCUGACUGGUAAUGUCAAUUUUGUGGAAGGUCGUCGAAACAAAUUCAAAAUUGACAUUUUAAAACUGAAGCAUGAAAAAAUUCAAAAGGUUGGCUUUUGGGAACCAGAUAUGGGAGUAAAUAUAUCCGAUCCAACAGCAUUUUAUGACUCUAAUAUCGCAAAUAUAACUCUAGUAGUGAUGACAAGAGAGGAGCGACCAUAUGUUAUGGUAAAGGAGGAUACAAAUCUUACAGGAAAUGUAAAGUUUGAAGGCUUUUGUAUUGAUCUUCUUAAAGCGAUUGCUCAACAAGUUGGAUUUCAAUAUAAAAUCGAGUUAGUUCCCGAUAAUAUGUAUGGGGUUUACAUACCGGAGACCAAUUCAUGGAAUGGAAUUGUUCAGGAGCUAAUGGAAAGGCGUGCUGAUCUAGCUGUGGCGUCAAUGACAAUUAAUUAUGCGCGGGAAAGUGUUAUUGACUUUACAAAACCUUUUAUGAACUUGGGCAUAGGAAUUCUAUUUAAGGUGCCGACAAGUCAACCUACAAGGCUGUUUUCAUUUAUGAACCCAUUGGCAAUCGAGAUAUGGCUUUAUGUGCUAGCUGCUUAUAUAUUAGUAUCCUUCGCACUAUUUGUGAUGGCUCGAUUUUCGCCAUAUGAGUGGAAAAACCCCCAUCCCUGUUACAAGGAAACGGAUAUUGUGGAAAAUCAGUUUUCCAUAUCAAACAGUUUUUGGUUUAUAACAGGAACAUUUUUACGACAAGGAUCAGGACUGAACCCAAAGAUUUCAGAUCGAGCUCAAACGAAGUUUUUCUCGUUUAUGAAUCCACUUGCUAUUGAAAUAUGGUUCUAUAUAGCAUUUGGAUAUAUUUUUGUGUCAAUCUGCAUUUGGAUAGUCGCCCAUUUAUCGCCAAUCGAAUGGGUAAAUUGUAAGCCGGCCUGCUCUAUGGCCUGUGACCAUGUUUUAAAUAAAAUUCGAAAAGCAAAUCAAACAGAUGAACAAUUGGAAUUAGCAGACUUGACAGGCAUGUCAGAAAAUGAGCAAGAUAACAAUUGCAUUGAAAAUGAAACCGAAAUUAAGACAAAAACACAAAGCGUCCUUCCCUUCGCACUAUCGAAUGAUGUCGAUGACGAUGCUUCGGAUGAUAAUACAGUGGAGUUAGUUAGCAUUCAGAACAACUUUACAUUAAAAAAUAGUUUUUGGUUUGCAAUCGGCGCUCUUAUGCAGCAAGGUUCCGAUUUAUAUCCUAGGGCAACAUCUACAAGAAUCGUCGGCGGAUGCUGGUUCUUUUUUUGCUUAAUUAUAAUAUCCUCAUAUACGGCCAACUUGGCUGCAUUUUUGACAGUCGAGCGAAUGAUUUCACCUAUAGAAAGUGCUUCAGAUUUGGCAGACCAAACGGAAAUUUCAUAUGGUACUUUAGAAGGUGGAUCAACAAUGACAUUUUUCAGGGACUCUAAAAUUGGAAUUUAUCAAAAAAUGUGGCGUUAUAUGGAGAAUCGAAAGGCGGCUGUGUUUGUUAAAACGUACGAAGAUGGAAUUAAACGUGUAAUGGAAGGAAACUAUGCAUUUUUAAUGGAAUCCACAAUGCUGGACUAUGCUGUUCAGCGUGACUGCAACCUGACGCAAAUAGGAGGCCUUCUUGAUUCAAAGGGCUACGGCAUUGCGACUCCUAAGGGCUCUCCUUGGAGAGAUAAAAUUUCACUUGCCAUUUUAGAAUUACAAGAGAAAGGCAUUAUUCAGAUAUUAUAUGACAAAUGGUGGAAAAAUACUGGGGACGUUUGCAAUAGAGAUGACAAAAGCAAAGAAUCGAAGGCUAAUGCACUGGGAGUAGAAAAUAUUGGUGGCGUGUUUGUAGUUCUCCUUUGUGGACUUGCACUUGCAGUAGUUGUGGCCAUUUUCGAGUUCUGUUGGAACUCGAAAAAAAAUGUACACAUGGAAAAUCAAUCGCUUUGUUCAGAAAUGGCCGAGGAGCUUCGUUUCGCUAUGCACUGCCAUGGAUCCAAGUCAAAGCACAGACCGCGAAAACGUAAUUGUCUGAAAUGCUCUCCCCGACCCACAUACGUGCCGUGUAAUAUAAGUACACAAAAUGUGGGAGUUCACUAUAAUUAUUUUAGCUAAAUAAUGAACUAUUACAAUGGAAAAUGGUAACACGUAUAUUAUAUGAUACAUAUGUUUGUACAUGUGAAUAAAAAGAGAACAUAUUUUUGUAAUACCUUUAAAAUUAU